CUAUUUAGGGCCGGGCCUUCAUGUUGAAGCCCAAGCGUGUAUCGAGCGGAAGCUGAGGAAUCCGAAUCGAAGUUAACAAGAAAAAGGGUUCGCUUGUCUCUUCAAACUCCCGUUGAUGCAGAGUCUCCCCAUGAGUCGUUAAGAUCUCCAAUCCAUAAAUCCUCGCAAUCCCCAUCACCUUAAGACAAUGGCCGUCGACCACCGCGACCUUUCUUCCUCGAUCGUAGCUGAAGCCGAGAAGGUAUCUCACGUGAUCAAGAUCGACGGGUACUCCAUAACCAAGGGUUUACGCGAGAACGGCAGCUGUGCGACAUCUCUCCCGUUCAAGGUUGCAGGCCACAGCUGGGUUGUCAGGUACUACCCCAACGGCUAUCGUUCAGAAGACGCCGGAUACGUAUCUGUCUAUCUGUUUCUCCAGCCCCCUUAUGCCAGUACUACUACAAAGGUGAUCCUUGGGUUUAGCCUGCUCGACAAGGAUUUGACACCGGUGCCAUCAUACAGCCCCAAGGGUCCUGUACCUGCACGUACUUUCUCAAAGCAAUCCCCAUCUUGGGGCCAUGGCAGGUUCAUCAGGAAGGAGAAUUUGGAGCGAUCGGCCCAUGUCAGGGGAGAUUGCUUCAGCAUCAGGUGCGAUGUCACUGUUUUGAAGGACAUCCGCGUCAGAGAAAACAAGGUUGAGUUCGUGGUGGUUCCUCGGAGCAACCUGGGCCGGCAUCUCGCCGGUUUACUGGAGAGCAUGGAUGGAGCUGAUGUGACCUUUCUGGUUGCCGGCCAGAGGUUCUCGGCGCAUAGGUGCGUGCUCGCUGCUCGGUCGUCGGUCUUCAAGGCGGAGCUCUUUGGCGCCAUGAGGGAGAAAGAGGCGGGUGGCGUCGUCGAGAUCGGUGACAUGGAAGCUGAUGUGUUCGGGUCAUUGCUCCACUUCAUCUACACCGACUCGCUGCCCGAAGUGACAAUUGGCAAUGAGGAGUCAGCAGUAGAUGACGUGGCCAUGGCCCAGCACCUCCUCGUGGCGGCCGACCGGUACGAUGUCGAGAGGCUCAAGCUGAUGUGCGAGGAUAGGUUGUGCAGGAACAUUGACUCUACCGUGGUGGCGACCAGUCUGGUUUUGGCCGAGCAGCAUGGUUGCCCUGGACUCAAGGAAGCCUGUGUUGAGUUCCUUGAUUCUGCUUCCAAUUUCGAGGCCAUGUUGACAAGCGAUGGUUUUAAUCACCUGAAAAACAGCUGUCCGUCGCUUCUCAGUGAGCUGAUUAGGAGAUUCAUGCCUGCUGAACUUAAUGCGGCUAAUAAGGAUAUUGUCAUGGCAAUUUAGUGUUGUGGAUGUGAUCAUCAGAUGUUCCAAUCCUUCCAACCUUUUCGACUUUCGCUAGCAAGAGCAAUCGCUGCUGGAUAGAUAAACACAAGCAUCCAGCAGACUACCCAGCUGAUGUGCCUGAUUAGUCCUAUUGACCUUAGAUCUGAAAUGUUUGGUGAUUUUCUAAAAAGACAAAUAUGAAUGGUGAUUUAGGAUCAUAGAAUUGAUAAUUA